GAUUGACAGACGGCUCGACCAAUCAGAGCGCAGCGUGGAAGAAGGCGGUUGGCUCCGACUCAGUGGGUACACGGAGGGGGGCGAAGCUUUUACUGACAGGCGUACCCAGCUACAGGAGAGUAGCUGCAUCUGGCAACCGAACUGCAGACAUGUGUGGAAUCUUCGCCUAUCUUAACUACCAUGUGCCAAGGACUCGGCGUGAGAUCCUUGAGAUCCUCCUCAAAGGCCUUCAGCGUCUGGAGUACCGAGGCUACGACUCAGCCGGUGUUGGAAUUGAUGGCGGCAACGGCAAGGACUGGGAGUCAAAUGCCAAGUCUAUCACCCUGAUCAAGCAGCGGGGGAAAGUGAAGGUCCUUGAUGAGGAGAUCCACAAACAGCAGGAUAUUGACCUUGAUGUGGAGUUUGACGUUCACGUCGGCAUCGCCCACACCCGCUGGGCCACCCACGGUGUGCCAAGCCCGGUUAACAGCCAUCCACACAGAUCUGACAAGACAAAUGAGUUCAUUGUCAUUCACAAUGGAAUCAUCACCAACUACAAAGACCUGAGGAAAUUCUUGGAGAGCAAAGGCUACGAGUUCGAGUCGGAGACCGACACAGAGUCCAUCGCCAAGCUGGUGAAGUACAUGUACGACAACAGGGAGAGUGACGACAUCAGCUUUGCUACGCUGGUGGAACGGGUGACCCAGCAGCUGGAGGGAGCUUUUGCCCUCGUCUUCAAGAGUGUCCACUACCCCGGACAGGCAGUUGGCACAAGGAGGGGAAGUCCUCUGCUGAUGGGAGUGAGGAGUGAUCACCAGCUGUCCUCAGAUCAUAUUCCUGUGCUCUACCGCUCCUCUGCUAAAGACAAGAAAAGCUGCACCGCUCUGCCCAGGACAGACCAGGACACCUGCCUGUUCCCUGUGGAUGAGAAAGGUGUGGAGUAUUAUUUUGCCUCAGAUGCAAGCGCAGUGAUCGAGCACACGAACCGCGUUAUCUUCCUGGAGGACGACGAUGUGGCUGCCGUGAUGGAUGGCCGUCUGUCCAUCCACAGGAUAAAGCGCACGGCCGGAGACUAUCCAGCCCGCGCCAUCCAGACCCUGCAGAUGGAGCUCCAGCAAAUCAUGAAGGGCAACUACAGCUCCUUCAUGCAGAAGGAGAUCUUUGAACAGCCAGAAUCUGUGGUCAACACCAUGAGAGGGAGAAUCAACUUCGACAACAACACAGUGAUCCUGGGUGGACUGAAGGACCACAUCAAAGAGAUCCAGAGGUGUCGGCGACUUAUCCUUAUUGCCUGCGGCACCAGCUACCAUGCCGGAGUGGCGACCCGCCAGGUUCUCGAGGAGCUGACCGAGCUACCGGUCAUGGUGGAGCUGGCCAGCGACUUCCUAGACAGGAACACUCCCGUCUUCCGAGACGACGUCUGCUUCUUUAUCAGCCAGUCAGGGGAGACUGCUGACAGCCUCAUGGCUCUGCGCUACUGUAAGGAGAGAGGAGCGCUGACUGUGGGCAUCACCAACACAGUGGGCAGCUCCAUCUCCAGGGAGACCGACUGCGGAGUCCACAUCAACGCUGGGCCUGAGAUCGGAGUGGCCAGCACCAAGGCCUACACCAGCCAGUUUGUGGCCCUCAUCAUGUUUGCGCUCCUCAUGUGCGAUGACAGGAUUUCCAUGCAGCCCAGACGUCGUGAGAUAAUCCAGGGCCUGAGAAUCCUUCCAGAUCUGAUCAAGGAGGUCCUCAGUCUGGAUGAUGAGAUCCAGAAGCUGGCGACAGAGCUGUACCAGCAGAAGAGUGUACUGAUUAUGGGCAGAGGCUACCACUAUGCUACCUGCCUGGAAGGAGCACUGAAAAUCAAGGAAAUCACGUACAUGCAUUCAGAGGGCAUCCUGGCCGGAGAGCUGAAGCACGGCCCGCUGGCCCUGGUGGAUAAACUCAUGCCGGUCAUCAUGAUCAUCAUGAGAGACCACACCUACGUCAAAUGUCAGAACGCCCUGCAGCAAGUUGUAGCUCGCCAGGGUCGCCCCAUCGUGAUCUGCGACAAAGACGACUACGAGACCGUCAAGAACUCCAGCCGCACCAUCAAAGUGCCUCACUGCGUGGACUGCCUGCAGGGCGUCCUGAGCGUCAUCCCGCUGCAGCUGCUGUCCUUCCACCUGGCCGUUCUCCGAGGUUACGACGUGGACUGUCCAAGAAACCUGGCCAAGUCUGUGACGGUAGAGUGAACCACACCAUCCAUCACCUAACAAAAGCCUGGCAGACACAUUCAAACAGACGGCGAGGAGAGGAGAGCGUCUGCACGCAGAAACCCGAGAGAAGAAAAUGUCCCGUUUGUGUGUCGUGUCACGGAUUUCUUUUUAACGCAAUCUUUUACUCAACAGUCGUGUACCUAACUGUUGCAUAUUAUCUGUAUUCUCACUGUCUGUUUUCUCAGAAACCUUUAGCAUCGUCGUAUUAUUGUUAGAGUUGUUCUGUCUGUGGUGACGAGGUCUGGGCUGGCACUGACUAACAUGAUCUUCAUUAAUCUGUGAAGCCGUAGCAACUGACAGGGACUGUUUGGGUUGAUUCAUAUUCAUGCUCCAUGUAUAUUUUGCUGAUUAGUCUCACUGGGAGAGUUUCUGGGAGCUGAUGUUAAAGCUGUUGACUGACAGAAGUUUUUAGGAUUUAAAGACCUCACUGGCUUUUUUUUUUUUUGUCUUUAGUGCAAUGAUUUGUAAUUGAGUUGGGUUAUUUUUCUUUGGCAGCUAAUCAUCUGAAGUGUCUUCAAUCCACAGUUGAAGUAAACGACAGUCUUAAAUCAUUCCAAGCCGUCAGGUCACUGCUUCGUAAUUGCAGCUGCAGUUUGCCAGUUUGACUCAGUUUCUCUCUUGGACUUUUCUUCUGAAGGCAACACGAGUUCAGCAUCAGAAGUUAAAUCACAGAAAAGCUUGUGAACACACUACUGUACAAUCUUCUUGGGGAGGCUGCUCGUUUUUUUUGUUUUUCUGACAUUUUCGUGUAUGUGAGACCUUAUUUCUGAUUUCAGGUCUCAAGUUUACAUUUAAACCACAAAGUGAAGCGGUUUAAAGUGAGAUGAAGUUACUAACCUGAAGUAGAAGUUGCACCCAGUGUCCAGCCCACGCCCUGCCACCAUGACUGCUGCAAUGUCGGGACCAUUUAAAAGCAAAACUCCUUUCUCUCUUUUGUUACAUUUUCUUUAAAAAAAAAAAAGUGGUUUUAUAUUAUUGAAGUUACUCUUUGAUUUAAAAUGUGAAUGUUACUGUCAUUUAAAAUGUCAAACCAAAAAAAAAAGAAAUCUCUACAGUGGCUUUGGCGGUUGUAAACCAAAACAUCUAUAUUUUAUAUGUUCAUCCUGUAUUGUUUUUGUAGCCAAACAUGUACUGAUGCUGGUAGAUUGUGUGCUGUGAAGAUGCAUCGAGGUCUGGAAAAGAGAGGGGGGGGAGGCGCACACGCAGCUCGAUGGCAGUGUGUCAGACUUUAGAUGUUUAUUUAGAUAGAAAGUCAGAGGUCAGCUGUGUGUGUGUGUGUGUGUACCUGAAUAUCUGUUUCAGAAGGAAAGAGUGAUGUUGUACACAGUUGUGUAUCGAAGAAAUCUGAGCUACUUGUUUUUUCCUUUUCAAUCUUGCUUUUGCAAUCAAGCCUUAAUUCUUUUGGCGUUUAUUUUCCCCAAGACACUGAGCUGCUCCUGAGCCAGUGCACGAGUUUGAAAACUGGACAGCGUUGUUACAGGUACUUUUGUAACCCCCCCCCCUCACAUGCAUUAGCUGAUUUUAAGUUUCUUGACUGGAGGCGCUGACAAAAAGGAAGCUGCACUGAAUCUUAGCAACAUCUGUUGGAAAAGUCACUGAGGGACUGGGCGGGCGGGGGCACUAUUUAUUAGUGGAACUGAUGCAAUAAAGUGUCAAGUACUUCCUUU